UUCCAUGGUAACGCAGCAAACAAAUGUGAAAACAAUGUUGUGUUUUGAUUAGAAGCUGUGUUUAUAAUUUAUACAAUUAGGAUGCAAUCAAGAUUAAUUAGGUGCCUAUUUAGUGAUACUUUGAUUAUUAAUAGUGUCAGAAGAUGCAGUUCAACUCCAAAGUGGGACAUUUUUGCUGCAUUAUGCAUGGAAAGGAGGCCUGUUAUAGCUCCAGAAAUGAACAUGAUUGAAAAAGCGGUGUACAAUUUAAUGGCUAAAUAUGAAGCUAAUAAAAGUCUUCUGAGUGAUCAUGAAGUCCGUAUCAUCCGUGACAAAGAGAGACAGGAAAGGUUAGCAUCAGGUGUUGAAGUUUCCUCUGAGGAUUUUGACAAGGCAUCGCUGGAAACAGCUCAAGAGUUUGAAGAUCGAUUUGCUAGUGAAUUGGAAAAACUUGAAUUUUACCCUAAAAAGACAAAAGAUGACGAGACCAAUAAUACAAAAUCUCUGAAUCGAUGUCUUGACCGAAGAUUAUUGUUUUUUACCAGCAUGAAAGUUGGAAACAGUGAUAAAUGGACACUUCCUAUGGUUAAAAUUGAAAAUCAAUCGUCAUUAAGAGAAGCGAUAGAUGGACUUGUCACCGAUCUUUUUCAAGAAAACCAAGUGAAUUUGAAAGUAAUCGGAAAUGCACCUCUUGCUGUUUAUACUUACAAGUAUGGAACCAAGAAUAGGGAAAAUUUAGGAAGCAUUGGAUGCAAAAUUUUCAUUUUAAAGGCUUUUCAUCUUGAUGGCAAUGCAUCAAUAAAGUCAGAUGAAUCCCGUUUUAACGAUUUUCAAUGGCUAACUAUCGAAGAAGCGAGGAAAAUCAUCCCUAAAGAAUUUUGGAAAGCUAUCAGAAGAAGCUAUGUUAUUGAUAAUGUUGAACCGUGGGUCGUCAGAAAGACCUUAGAAGUUAUCGCUCGUAAAAAUGAAGAAUCAAAAAUUAGAGCUAGAAUCUAGUUUUAUCUGUAGAAUUCAAUUUUUUGUAUAUAGUUGAUUAAGGAAUAUCUUUAAUAAAAUUGAUUUAAAGAAAGGA